AUGGGUUGCCAUGGAAAUGGCGAGCCAAAGGCGAAGCAAGCCCAUGCCGACGGAGAUGAAGGCAGCAGGCCAAGACUUCAGGCCAGCUCCGAAAGGAAGGUUCACUUUGGCGGACAUGCCCGUGCUGGGGACUUUGCGCGCGCGAAGGAACUGGCCAAUGCAAAAACUCAGAGUGGUCUGUCCAGACAAGACGAUGAAUCAUCCUGGCAUUGUGUGGUUUCGCCGGUCAACGCUGGAGUUCGAGGAGCUUUGGAAGCACUCAUAUCUCAACAGGCAUGGUCCAUUCCCGAGCGGCCUUUUGCCUACAUGUAUUCGCUUGGCCGGGCAAUUCAGAACAGAGCGCUGCCUGCCCGACAGCACUUCGAUGCGUUAGUGUCACGAGAUGCUGCCCGCGAAGGAGUUCUAUCACCGUUGGGAUUUUCCCAACGGGCUUUCUUCUGUGACAAGAACAACAAGUUGUCCGAGGUGAUCGCUUCACCUUUUGGCUUUGGCGCUGUGUACCAAGGCAUGGCUAUACUUCUUGCCUUGGAGUUGAGGCAUGCAGAACGCUUGUGCUAUCCUGACAGCGCACACCUCACGGGCCGCACAAUUGUGGCAGAGAUAGCGCUCGGUCGCUGUCAUACAUCGCACACCUUGCCAGUUGAGCUUGCUGACCUUGGUACCAAAGGCCCAGCAGGUGCUGUGCCAUUGGUAAAAGGGCUUGAACGUGAAUAUCGUCGUGGUGCGGACUCUGUGUACUUCCCACAAAUGGGCAUCAUUGCAAUUCUCAGUCCAACUAGGGCGCUCCCAGUUUUUCUUGCAGAGUACUCGCGCGAGUUUGUAGGUGCAUCUGAGUCAAAGGUGGCAAGGACAACUGUAGGCUAA